CGAACCGCAGCAGGACAGCGAUGGUUCCAAGCGGAGCUCUGAGCAGAGAUGGUCCAGCCAACAGACCGGCCGCCUCAUCGCUCCGGUGAACCGCCGCUGCAUCGCGCCUACAUUACACUCAUUGUCCGGUGACUCCUCCCUGCUACUCACAUAUAUGUUAAUAAGGUUACACAACACGCACUGUCCUUGAAAACAGAUCAAAAGUGAGCUUACUGGAUUCAUGGAGUCACUCAAGGCUACUACAGGGGUGAAGGGCUCGGCUGAGGAUCAGCAUAGAAAGAUGGCUCAGAAAAAAGGCACAUCUGAAGCUACCCUGAGACCUUCAAUUGAAUCAGAAAGCAAAGAGUGGCCCCAAGAAUUAGAAGAAGUUCAGGGCAAAGACAUAUGUGGUUUUAGUGAAAUGUCUGACUCAGGGAAAUCUCUGCAAUAUGAAGACCAGCUAUCAAAUGCGCAGUCCACAAGCCAUCCAGACUAUGAGGUGUCUUCAUAUCCCAUACAGCCCACAAAGCCCCUCUCUGGUGGCAGGCAAAAACAUUUAGCACAGUCUGCAGGAGCUGUGAGUCAAAGAAAGUCGCCCGCUUCGGCCGAAGUCCAGCAACAGUGUCCCCUUUCAGGGAUGGAGCAGGUGUCAGAAGCCCCAACUAAAUUGGAGCAGAAACCACAGAAGCCAGGAAAGUAUGUCUGUGAUUACUGUGGCAGAGCAUGUGCCAAACCCAGUGUUCUUAAGAAACAUAUCCGCUCACACACAGGGGAACGGCCCUACCCAUGUGUCCCCUGUGGCUUCUCCUUCAAAACCAAGAGUAACCUGUACAAACACAGAAAGUCCCAUGCUCACUCAGUCAAAGCUGGAACAGUGACAUUAUCAGAGCUUGGAUCUUAUAAUGCCAGUAUGGAGCAGGGGUCUAUUGAAGGGGAAGGAGAGUUAUUUUCUGAUGCUGAGCAAAGCACGGACACGGACGAGGACACUCUUAAUGACCCAUUGCUGCUACUGGACUCUCCAAUUGAGGGAUCAGAUAACACUGCUGUAAAAGUGCUAAAUCUCAUUGCUCAGAAAAAGGGAGCCACGUCAAUGUCAGGUCAGGAUGGUUCAUCCCAACGCCAAGAAAUCAAUGCAUCUCCUGUCACUUCCGAGGCCAGUCGUGCAAUCCAAUCUUCGACGAUCAAACAGAGGCUUGCUCUCCGGCUGUCAGAGAAGAGAAGUGGAGACUCAGAGCAAAAUCUGUCCCUUCCAAGUCAGUCAAGCAAGGGUAGCACAGACUCUGGCUACUUCUCACGCUCCGAGAGUUCGGAGCAUCAGACUGGUCCUCCAAAUGCUAAUGCAAAAUCCUAUCAAGAAAUCAUGUUUGGGAAGUGUUAUCGACCAAGCCCUAAGCAGACAUCAUCUUAUGAAUCUGGAGAACUUUCCGAGAAAUGCUCUGAGAAGGGUGUGUCCCGCGUUUUCACUCAAGAAAAAGAUGCAGUUGAAUCAAUCAAAAUAAACACCAAGACAUUUCUUAAAGAGGAGUUGAAAGAGUUGCAGGUAGAUGCUGGAUGUGAUAUGGGGCCUCUGAUCCGAAGCAAUUCAAUGCCAGUAUCAUCGGCUGUAUGCCUAACAAUGCCCCAAGCCCUGAGAGGCAGUCACUCUUUUGAUGAAAGAGCAGGCACAGGAGGCAUGAGAAGACUAAAACGUCAAGGUGCUAUUGAGAUAUCUGUCCACGAUGGUCACUCUGAAGCUGAAAGCCAUGGAAAAAUUACAGAGGUUUGUCCCUCUGGAUUAGACAUGGAAAGCUACACCUCUUUGGCACUCGGUUCAACUCAACACAAACAUGCAAUUGAACUGGCAACACGGAAGCGUCGCAAAGAGAAGAGAGAGGAGGAGGACUUGCUAGGACAAUAUGAAGGCCACAAUAAGCAGUAUGAGGAAAUGCUUCAUUUAGGAAGAGACUAUGAUAUAAAACAGGCAGCAAUGGGAAUAAUGGCUUUAGGGAGGGGACAUUUGGACAGGUGUGACAUGGACAUAUCCGUUUACCCUGAAAUAUCAGGCCGAAAAACCCUAGGAAAUGUAAUUUCAGUUAUCCAGCACACAAACUCAAUAAACAGGCCCCAUACUGAUCUGUCAGAAUCCAUCAUAUAUUAUAGUCAACGACUUGAAACUCUGCCUUCAUUACAAAAAAUGGAAACCAGUGAAUCAUUUGAAAUGGAGCAUGACAUAAGGUUUGGCCAAUCAGUUCAACUAGGCCCCAAACUAGUGCGACAGCCAAAUAUACAAGUCCCAGAAAUCAGGGUCACAGUUGAACCUGACAGUCCAGAAAAAGCCCCAGAAGUGCCAGUGAAGGAGCCGGAAAAGCCAGUGGAGGAGUUUCAGUGGCCUCAAAGGAGUGAAACCUUAGCACAAUUCCCUCCUGAAAAACUCCCUCCAAAGAAAAAAAGGCUUCGCUUGGCUGAAAUUGAGCACUCUUCUGGCGAAUCAAGUUUUGAGUCUGCUUGCACUAGUUUGUCUCGAAGCCCAAGCCAGGACAGCAACUUAUCCUAUAGCUCUACUUUUUCCUUUGACAGAGAGGAUAGCUUGAAAUCAACCUCUCCAGCCAGGCAAGAUGAUUUUGGCAAACCUCUUGAGCUCUUAGCUGUACCAGGGUGUGGGCACUCCCUGUCUGUCCUUAGCCAGCGUCAGCAGCAUGAAAUGAGACGCUCCUCCUCAGAGCAGGCACCGUGCAACCAGCACAAGGAGUUCCCAGAGGUCCGCAGCAUAUCAUUUGACUAUGGCAGCCUUUCUCCAACCUCCAAAGUUAGACACGUGGACAUUAGUACUCUAAAGGAGAGAAGGAGGGGAAACUUGGUGCGGCAAGAGUCACUGAAUAUGGACGCUGAAGUUGCACACGUACCCUCACAGGUGUUUCCACAGUACCUCAGCAGCAAUUCCCCUCCUUUUGCAGCAGCCACUGUUCUGCCACAGAUAUUACCAAUAUUUUCUGUUGGGAACACAUUUCCCCAGCUGCCUAAUCCCAGCCUAGUAGUUCCUGUUAGAAUUCAGACACAUGUGCCAUCUUUUGGCAGUAUCACGUACACCUCUUUAUCUCAGAUCUUUGACAAUCAGUAUGACAGUAUUAGCUCCACAACGUCCCCCCGCCUGAGUCGAAACUCAGGCUUGUCUGUAAAUCUUGAACCUCAUAAUGUGCGCUCAAAGCAGCCUACAGCUACCAACCUGAGUGUUGAGGCCCUGGAUUUGUCAUCAGCUAAACUAAAGACAGGCAUCCCUCUGUCUCUGACAUCCAGGACUAUAUCGACUACUAAUGCCUCGAGUGGAGGAACAAACAAGAGGAUGCUAUCCCCUGCCAGCAGCUUGGAUCUAUUCAUCGAGGUGAAGCAGCAAAAACGAGUAAAGGAAGAGAGAAUGUUUGGCCAAAUUGUGGAGGAACUGAGUGCUGUAGAGUUGGGAAAAUGUCAUUUGAAUGAAGACAAAGGGCACAGGUCAGAGAUCCAGGUUCCACCCACACAUGUCACAGGUGAUGCCUGCAGGACUUCAUUCGUCGCCCACCAAAAAAUGUCUGAGACCACUGAAUCUGAAAGCGCCAUGGAAAGUAGCACCCUGGAAACGGGUUCUCCCCAUUACUUAGUCAUAUCAAGCAGCACAGCAAAGGAACGGGUGCAGAUGGAUGCUGUAGCACAGCUUAGUACCAGUCAAGACACCCUGAUGUCAGGGGCAGAGAAUUCAAGAGUCUUAUCUCAGUUUCCAAGCCUUCGCACAACAACAGGAGUGAGUUGGUGUUACCUCAACUACACAAAGCCUAGUUGCUUGCAGGGCGACUCCCCUUUCACCUCUGCCUACGCAACAUGGUGUGCAAGCUCCCAUAAUCCCAACCCCCUGGAAGUGAGCACCAGCAUUGCUCUGGCUCUGCUACGGUCCAGACAGAGGGGAGACAAGGUUAUAUACUCCAUAGCAGCAAUGUGCCAGCCUGGCACAGGGAAACUAGUUUCAUCGCUCAUCCUCUGGAGACAGACCAUGGAACAGCUGCAGAGGAAACCGGAGCCCAAAGAGGUGGACAUUACCUACGGGAAGAAGGUGAAAGACAUCAGCUGCAGAGCCAAAACAGCCAAGGAGGAGUGGAAAGAGAGGGAGGCAUCUGCAAACCAGCCUGUGCCAACACGAAUUAAGAUCUUUGAGGGAGGGUACAAGUCCAAUGAAGACUAUGUGUAUGUAAGAGGUCGAGGCCGGGGGAAAUACAUUUGUGAGGAAUGUGGCAUUCGCUGUAAGAAGCCAAGCAUGCUGAAGAAGCACAUCCGGACCCAUACAGAUGUGCGACCGUACAUCUGCAGGGUUUGCAACUUUGCCUUCAAAACCAAAGGAAACCUGACUAAACAUAUGAAGUCAAAGGCACACAUGAAGAAAUGUCUUGAACUUGGAGUUUCAGUGUCAAUGGAUGACACAGAGAUACAGGAACAUGCAGACAACAUCCAGCAAGAAUCCAAGACAGACAUGGCAACAACCAGCAAACAUCAGUUCUCAGAUGCUGAAGACUCUGAAGGGAUGGAUGAGGAGGCCGAUGAAAUAGAUGAGGAAGAUGAAGAAGAUGAUGAGUAUGAGGGGGACUCCACCCCAAAGCUUCAAUCAAGAAGUACGAGUCCUCAGCCAUGUGGAGUAACCUCGGUGUACGUUACUGCCAGCUCUGCUGUCCACGGUUGCUCUCUAACUGCUCUACCUGGAGCAGAUGUUCAUCAGCAAUCCUUCAGCAAGCGCUCAGGCCUGGAAAAUCGUUUCUCCAUCACAGCAGAACAGAGAGAAAAGUCUGUGGAUGAAGACUCUCUGAGCAUGCUGCCACUAGACCACACCAGUCUCCUUUUUGACCCUUACUCUUCAUAUUUGCUGUCUCCUGGUUGGGAGUCCCCCAUUAGGGAACCCUCUCCUUCACGACUACGGUAUCCAUCCCCGAGGCGGGAGCUGUCCCCACGAGGGCGUUCCUCACCAAGGUGGGACUCCUCACCUAUGAGGCCUGGGUCACCCAUCUUCAAAUCCAUCCAACAUCCAUCCCCAGUCUCUUUGGAACGACCAAUGUCUCCUGGGUCAGAGGUUGCUGGGAAGCGUGAAUCUUCAGCGAGGGGCAGGCAGAGGGUUGUGCUGCGGGCGGUGUCACCGCGCCGAGGUUCGCACCAGCAUAAAGGCGGCUGUGAUAAAGCCAGACACCAAGCAAAGAUUGAGAAGGCACAACAGCAGGCUUUUGAAAUGGAUCAAAGGAGCAGCUUGGCUCCUGUUCACCCAGGAGCUGCCAGUUCUCAUCACCAGAACAUCCUCAGCCAUCUCCCGCUUCACUCCCAGCAGCAGGCCCGCUCUCUGCUCCCCGUCGUUCCUGUCGGGGGCCUCCAGAUGUUGGACUCCCCAACUUCACCCAGCAAUGACGCUCCAAGUCCCCAGAGCAGCGAAGGGCAGCGCUGCAGCAGCAGGGAGGGAUCUGUGCACGGGCUUGAGACGGGAAUAGAGACAGAUGAGAAGAGUCCUGAGCCGCCCGCCGGGGAAAGCAGACAAGAGGAGAACGUCCAGACCUGUUUGAAAGCCAUUGCCUCAUUGAAAAUUACCAUAGAAGAUCCUCAUUGAAACUGCUUUGUUGUUGCCAGCCCUCACCACACCUGCAACCAUCGUUAACCCUUUAACCACCUUGUCUUUAUCCUAUUAGAGGCAAUAUAAUGACGUUUCCACUGGUCUUGCAUGGUCAAACUCCACAGAGAUUCUGUACGGGUUGUUUUGCAAAAGGGUGAAAAAUCAUUAUUGGGUGCAGUUGCAAUAUGAAAAAAUAUUAUAAAGCUGAUAUGCCUUUUUGUCUGAGAUCAUAGUUUGCGCACAAUUGCACAACAAUUGCAUUUAUGGGUCCUGUACAAAUGUCCUUAACAUAUAUUAUAACUUAGAUGCAUACAAGCAGUGUAUUUUGCAGUGUGUACUUUGAAAAUAGACUGUUGUUUCUGUUAACCAUAUCAAGGUGUGAUGCAGUAGUGCUGUAACUAAAGACUUUUAUAAGGGGAAACGUGUGUGUACUAUGAAACAGUCCGACCAAAUUUUAAGUAGACGCUUCUUGUGCAGUUUGGUGCUUCUGAUCAAGCAGCAAGGGUAUGUGCCUUUUUUUUGUUUUGUUUUGCUUUUCUUUCUAACUGAGUAAGGGUAACAUCUAUAAGGACUCUUACUAAAAGGAGGCUGCACUUUCUGGGAAGGCCUUGUGGGUUUUUCUUUUUUUAAAGAUGGAUUUAUGUGAAGCAAUCUUAAACAAAUGUUACUUAUGUUGCAUUUUUCUUAAUGUUGUGGUUUUUAUCUUGGUAAAAAAAAAUGCAUGGGAUUUGCUAUUGCACAACCAUAGAGGAAUUAAUUAUGUAAUUAUGAAUAAUGUAAGAUGUAUUUAUAUAUUAGAACGUAAGCACUUAUUGAUACUGGUAAACAUUUGACUACUAUUUAUAUGGUAUAUCUGUAUUUAUGCAGCAGUUAUGCAGUGAGCCACUCCGGCGUUGCUUUUGAUCUCAUAAUGUUGCUUUGGUUAGGCUUGUUUUCUUGCUUAUGCAGAUGUUCAUGGGUGUUUUCACGUGUUUUAAAGAUGCACUUUCCUCCUUUUCUGUUCGACGAUGAGGCUGAUGUUGAGUCCGGUGGGGUAGGGGAGAGAGAGGAAAAAUGUCCCUUUUCCUUGUGGUUGUUGAAACAUUCCUCGUUUUUUUCCGCAUCUCAUCGUGCGAAGUGGAUUUGCACACAACACCCGAGGGGCUAUGAUGAUCAGUCGAUGUUGAACUGUUUUGCAUUUUCAUGUCAAACUCUGAAUAAAUCCACACCAUCUACUGCAGGUAAUAUUAAAGAAACAGUGUUAACAACAAUUAUUAGCUCUUCACAUCAACUUUGCAAGUAGCCACUCACUCUAAAGCAUUACUACUUCUUUGUAUAUAUGUGUAUUUUUAUGGUUUAAACUAUUUUUGCAGUGUUGUAUUCUAAAAACUUUUUAUGUGGAUCUCUACCUCGUUCAGAGGUAAAACAUCCACAGAGGUUUCACAAGGGAGAAAGAUGAAAAAUAGCACAGCGUUUAAUCUUUUUAAAAAAGCAUUAACAUCUCGAGGCGGCUGUCGGUUUGAGACUGGGUUUAAAACAUUUCAGAUUAAAAGCAAACUUUUUCAGUCAUGUUUACAUAAAAAAAAUUUAAAGGUGCACUGCUUUAAAUUUGUUUUCCUUCAUGAGAUGAUUUUUAUUUGUCGUGGCGGUGCCUGGAAAUGCUUUAAAAUGUGAAGGACUUUGCUUUGGCAUACAGUAUGUAUUCAGAUUCUGUUGUGUAUUCAUAUUCACUGAACUGCAUUGUGCCUCUCAUGUCAACGGCAAUUCCCAGUAAAACAUAUAGAAGUCAUAUGAUUGAUGAUUUAACUUCUAAGCUGAGAUCUUUUUUUUUUUUUUUUAGUGGGGGGUCAUUUCCUUUGAGGGGGAAACCUCAGUAGCCAAUCUGUUGUUUAGCUCUACGCAUCAAAAACUGGUUAGUCUGGACGGAGUGCCUCUUUUGUGCUAUGAGGAAUUGAUUGUUUGGUGCUCUACUUUUUCAAAUUAAAUUCAAAAAUGUUUUAAAAGGACCUCCAUUUA